AUGCUUAUUGGUGAUGAUGAUGAUGGUGAUGAUGGUGAUGAUGGUGAUGAUGGUGAUGAUGGUGAUGAUGGUGAUGAUGGUGAUGAUGGUGAUGAUGGUGAUGAUGGUGAUGAUGUGUGA